GGCGGCUCCGGGCAUGCUCGGCGGUGGCGGCAGCGAGCGGGGCGGGUCGCGCUGGUCCCCGGCCGGCCCGAGCGGCGGCGGCGGCGGCGCGGGGCAGCAUGAGGGAGCCGCUCGUGCGGGUCCUGCCAGCGCAACGGUCCCAGGGGCUGGGCUUUGAUGAAGCAGGUGCAUUAUGUACAGCGUAGAAGACCUCCUGAUUUCUCACGGGUACAAGGUGUCGCGGAGCGUCCCUGCGCCCCCCGGGCAUGAGCGCGAGGGCCGCCGGCCAGCCAGGAGCCGCGCCAGAGCUGGCCAGGACCUGCCCAACGGGUGCGACGACGGCCGGGCCGCCCUCCCACGGAGCAAGCCGUCCCAGGGGAAGGGCCACGCAAGCACCUCAGAGAACAGCCACCGCACUCCCAGAGCCCGUGGAGAGCCCCAGAGCGCUUCGGCUCCCAGAGCUCCUGAGCUGGGGUUUUAUCAUCAGCCCGUGCUAAGGUGGUCCUCUCAGCCCCAGCCUGCUCCCAACCACACCCACCGGAGAAGAAGAGGAGAGGAGGUCAGUGGCGUGCUGGGGCCAAGGGACCGAGAAGAUCUGGAGGACAGAGGAAUGGCCCAGGCGCACAGUCUGCCUGUCCACAUGAGGGAGAGUCCAUGGGAAGUUGGAGGAAGGACAGAGAAUGUGAUGAAGAAGACAGUUUGGGAAGAAGAGCUAAGAAUGGCGGGACCUGCCAAGUGGCAGAAUAUCAGCCUUGAGAGCUGGAAUCAGCCAAGGAAAUUAGGGCGGCAGAUGUCUGAUGGUGAUGGGGAGAAAUUGUUUCAAGAUCUGUACCCAUUCAUGCAAGGAGAGCGAGCACUAAAUUCCCAAAGCAAAGGGAAAUCCCAGUCCUUGCCCAGGGUUCUUUUGCCUGAGAGCCUGAGUUGCAUGGACAUUCCCAUUCCGUUAAACGAUGGACAUUUUCCAGGUGUUCCUAAAAUGCCAUUUUAUCCCCCAAAUUGUGCACCAAAUUUGGAAUCCACAAGGAACCCCGAGAAGAGCGCCUCCUCGGCCCCUUUACCCCGGCCUAAGUUCGGGCGACCCCUCAAGCCCCCAUCUUACGACACUCACCAGCACACCCGGGUGGCAGUGGAGAAGAGCGACUCUCCGGACAGUGAGCAGGCAGACCUGUGCAUCUCCUACUUGAGCAGGACUCACGAGCCCCGGCUGGAGCCGUGUGUGUCCGACUCUGGCUUGGAGCCGCCCGUGUACGUGCCUCCGCCGUCAUACCGGUCACCGCCCCAGCACAUCUCCAACCCCUAUGGGGACGAUCCAGCCCCCCGGCCCGUGUGUGGUGGUCCCCGUCAGCAGCUGGCCCCGAUGGAGCUGGCCGGCUCUGGUUGUCGGGUUCCUCCCAGUCCCCCACGAGCCGGGAGCACGUAUGGGGUGAGCCCACGCUCGCCUCGCAGCUCCCCUCGGCAGCCCCGGCCCACCACCGCUUAUGACAGCUCUGUUCUCUAUAUUCCCUUCGACGACCCGCGGAUCCGACAUUUUAAACUCGCCCACCCCCAGGGUUUCUGUCAGGAAACAAAGGUUGAGGAGAAGUCCUACAACUGCAGUCCCAGCGCCGUCCCCACACCUGCGCCCGGACGCAGUCAGCACGAUGGUGCCACCCUGAGCUCACAGAUGGUGACGACCCUGCCAGGCAGCAUCAGCGGCUCCAUCACCACCGAGCCCAGUCCCCAGCGGCUGUGGGGCCAGCUCCCCAGGGAUGUGGAGAACGGCGGCUUUCCUGACCACAGAGCCCACGGCGCCACAAGAGGACGGUGGCCUGCUGUGGGCCGCGGCCAGCAUGGACACACAGAAGGCCCAGCCUCCUCCCCAAGCCCACAGGGCGAGAGUACCUGGGAAACUCGGACCAAGCUCAAGAAGUUUGAAACUGGGAUUCAGGCCAAGAAAAGUUCAAAGAAAAAAAUGAAUGAGACGAUAUUUUGUUUGGUUUCCAUCCCAGUUAAAUCCGAAUCACAUCUGCCAGAUACAGAUACGAACAACAAUGACUUAAAACAGAGCACCGAGAAAAAGAAUGGGCUUGAUAAGAGCACGGCUUUGCAAGAACAGAGUCUGCUGAGCCUGUCUUCCACCGACCUGGAGCUGCAGGCUCUCACAGGAAGCAUGGCUGGGAGAACAGAGUUCCAGAAACAAGAUCUGGGGGAACCAGAAGAAGGCAAACAAACAGAUGACCUCAGAUUCAUUCCCCCUGCAAAACACAGAGAGCUCAAGUAUUCUGGCUCGUGGCCAGGGCACCAGUACCGAGAUCAGCAAACACAAACCACUUUCACUGAGGACUCCAAGAGCCCACGGCACCCCCCCACCGAGAAGCUGGGAGGGUCCCCCAAAGCCGGACUGACUCCCAGAUUUUCAGACCCCAUGGCCUCUGACGCUCACGUGCCCGUGGCAUUAGCUUCCAGGGACCAGAACCAGGGGCCAAAGGCCCCUCCCCUCAAAGGUCAGAUGUCCCUGAGCCCCUCCAGCAACAGCGCUUUCUCAAGAACUAUGUCCUGCACACACCAGGCACCUGCUCUGAAAGCAGUGCCGGGUCAGGCUGACAUGGAUGGCCGCGGCCGCGGCACCAGCCCCAGGCCCCAGGGCGAGGUGGUGAAGGGGGAGACCACCGGCCCCUACAACAGCAAGCAGCCUUUCGGGCAGUUUCUCCUGAAGCCGGUUAGCCGGCGGCCCUGGGACUUGAUCAGCCAGCUAGAAAGUUUUAACAAGGAGCUUCAGGAGGAGGAGGACAGUGGUCAGAGCAGCAGUGACAGUCGCAGUGAGGACAGUGACACAGAGUGGCCGUGCGAAGUCCACGCUGAUGUCCUGGGCAAGACCUGGGGCUUCGGUGAAGACAGCCGGGCCUGGAGAGCUGAGGAGCCCCGAAGGAGGCCGGUGCUGGACGAGCCCGGGGCCCGGCCGGGGAGAGUGAAGAGUAAGUCUGAGAGCUGGAGUGACCAGCAGAAGCCCAGCUGGUCCCCGGCCCCGCCUCUGUCCCCGGGCCCCGCGACAGUGGGUGGCGGCAGGGGUGCAGCCUCGCUGUGGGUGCACAGAAGCCUGGGCACGGAGGAGGGACACCAGGAGGCUGAGCCCAGAGCAUACAAGCUGGCGGACGGCCCGGGUCCGCUGCACAGAGGGACAUCUUCUAGGUCAAGUGACACAAAACCAGUGCCCUCGUCAGAUCCGGCUGAACUGCGGCCGCCCCAGGGAGGUGAGGAGCUGCCGGCCGUUUCCAUCUCCGCGGAGCCGAGCGCAGCAGCCCCUCGGAAGGCGGGGGCCAGAGAGGAGAGGAGCCCGCCGCCGCAGCUCUCUCUUGCCAGCAAACCCCGAGGACUCUCGGCGCCGGACUUGAGGUCCGUGGGGCUGCCGCCCGCACGAGAGCAGAGUGCCCAGAAAUUAGAUGGGUUUUUAGGGGAACCGAGUGCAAUAGAAAUCCCCCCGAAUGAGUCCCUUCAAGCGAGGGCUGCAAGGAUCUUGGGCAUUGAGGUGGCCGUGGAGUCCCUACUGCCAGGCACCAGGAGAACGGGACAGAACCAGCACCCCGAGCCUGACGGGAGUGCCCUCGGGCCAGAAGCCCCCAGGGAGGAGUCUGUGUCCAGCUCAGUCCCGCCGGAUGACCCCCCGCUGUCCACUGAUGCCUUUUAUGGCAGGAGAAAGUGCGGCUGGACCAAAAGCCCUCUCUUUGUCGGGGAGAGGGACAGUGACCGUUGGGCUCCCCUGGCCGCUGAGCACUCCAGUGUGGACGGGACCAUUCCCAGCGAGGCCCCCAGCCCGGAGCCUCAGCCCAGCCCCCAGGAGUCCCAGCCCUUCAAUCACAAGGAUGUGGGGACAAAACCACCCUUCAGGUCCACGCUGUUCCAUUUUAUAGAAAGGACCCCAAGUGUGCCGGGCUCCGAAAAGCGGCUCAGAAGCACUUCCAAAGUGAUCGAAAGUUUACAAGAGAAACUGGCCUCCCCCCCGAGGAGGGCAGACCCUGACCGCUUGAUGAGGAUGAAGGAGGUGAACUCAGUGUCUCGGAUGAGACUCCUGAGCUCACGGAGCGCGGACUCCGUGGACGAGGCCGAGGACCUAAAGGCCGAGAGGGACCCCAGGGUGCCGCCCGGAGGCCCGGUGUCUCUGAAGCCUGGGAACAGCCCCCCUGUGUCCAGUGGCGGCUCCCCGCUGGAAGAAGACGGGCAUCCGUCGGCACAGAGGGAGGAGAAUGACGUCCUGCAGGACUUCUGGUGCCCAGAUUCCUAUGACCCUAGCAGAGUGGAGAGGGUGUAAGGAGAUGCCAGUGAAGCCCGAGAUUGCUAGAGUUUCCUCACGGGGUGUCAUCUGGUCUGCCGGCCCAGCUCGCCCCCGUGUCGGCUGGAGCCUGCUGGCCUAUAGUAUGCGGUCACAGCCUCUCCCACUGCCACCAAGAAACUCCAGAGUCACUUUGUGGAAAUAAAGCAGUAGUCCGUUGAAACCAUCUGUUUUCAUAAUAUGAAGAGUUAAUACCUAUAUUUAGAAAGGAGCCACACAAACUCUCUGUAAUGAUGGACUUCGCCAAGCUGGUAAAUAGUUUGGUGUUAAUCUGGUUCUAUGUGAAAAUUCAGACGUGAAUGAUUUUGAAAGGACUGUGAAUGUCAUAAAUUCCCCUCUGCAUCUCUACGGCCUGUCAUCCCUGCUCGCGCUAAGGAGUUUGGGACUUGGGCCAGCUGCCUGGCUUUCCAGCACUUUGAGUUGAGGGGAAAUGGAUGAAUAUAUACGACCCGUUUCUAAUCAGUCUGGCCUUCUGCUGCUGCAAGUAACUCUAUUUAUAAGUAACUUGCCAUCAGAGAAUAAAAGCAAUAUCUUUUUAAGUUCCUAAAAGAUUAAAACGUGUACCAUAAUGUACUCAGAGUAUUAUUUAUCUGGCGAGGAAAUACUUUGAUCAUUUGCAAACAUGCCAUCGUCUGCUUUGCCCUCAGUAUUAUCUAUUUUUAUGUUCUGUAUGGAUGUUUAGAAAUUCUUUAUAUGAAAAAUAAUUGCUGGUUUAAAAAAGACCAUUUUAACAAAGUAACUAUAUUUCUUUUUACAAAAAAAAUGCUAUUUUUCUAUGAUGUAAACAAUUGUGAGGUGGCAGAUUUUUAAGGAAGUAUUAUUUUAUUUAAGAGUCUGUAUUCCUUUGUGUGAGAGGAGCCCAGAAGGGGUUCAUGUCUGUUUUAAAGCACACAUCCCUUACCCCUUCACAGCCCAGCUCCUUUUCUUUUGUCUUAGAAAGAGAUGUCCAUAUAGACAUUUUACAGGGUUAACAAAAUGAACAAAGAUGCUUUUGCAAAUGUAGCUGUAAGGUGAUAUUUGAAAAUAACUUGCUCAAAACCAGCCAACACCCUUACAACUAUUUUUGCUGCCAUAUCCACUAGAAUUACCAAAAAACAUAGCUUCAUCUUGGAAUGUCUGUGGGGCUCUCCCCUGAGACUAGACUUUCCUCCUCCCCCCACCCCUGCCCCGUUACCAUGUAUUGUAUUUUUGUCUAGAAUGAUCCUUAAUUAUUAGUCUCUGCAUAUUUUUUAAAAGCGCCAGAGACAUUAUAUAUAUAUGCCAAUACAAAAUUACUAUGAGGCCUAUGUAUUCAACUGUGUUUACUGUUGCCGUAGCCUGCACAAAUGACGCAUUUUUAUGCGUUUGCCCCUUCUUUCCAAGUAAGGUGUCUUGUUAGCUAACAGUUCCUGAGCGGUUUCUUGUUGCUUUUCUUCCUCCUUCCCUCGCUUUUCUUUCCUUCCCUCUUAUUCUCUCUCCCUGUUUCUUUCUCUCUCUUUUUCUUUGAGAAACCACCUUAUCUAUUUUUAGACGUUUCAAAUUCCUAAAAUGUGAACUGUUGGGUGGUCCGCAGUUUGGCCCGCAAAACAACUCUGACUGGCCUGUUUUUAUCUGUACCAUAUGACUUUAUUUCAUAAGAACUUCAUGUCUUUGGACUGUAAUAAACUACACAGAAUCGAAGUCAUACUGAACAGUCAUUUCAAAUACACUUAUCUGCACUCUUGGUUCUUACUCUUACUUCUUUCCAGAUUUUGGCUCUGGUGAAAAGCUGUAGUAGGCUCUUGCUUUCCCAGCAAAUGAGAUGGGCCAAGUCUCAGCAUUUUGGAAUGACGGGAACUUUUUCCCGAGAAACAUUUAAUGAGGUAGAGGUCGGUCUGUUAUAGUUGGUGAAUCACUCAAGUCAUCUGUAGAAUCAAACGAGGGUGGCGACCUGGAGGUCUUCAUGGGGCAUGCCUCCCUCCUUCAGCUGCAAAUGGGAGAAAGUAUUUGUAGACGGACCUACACACAGAGACACAUGCACAUAUACAUAUCUGUGACCUCUGUCCUGACUUCCUCUACAAUUUGUUGAUUGCAUCUAAGAAGUUCUUUGAAUGAAAAUAACUAAAUUUUAGCUUAUUCCUUAAGAGAAAGAAAAGGAUCCUGAAGAGAAAAAAUAGGGUAACCUACAUAUAUCACAAAGGAGAAUAGGAUACUCUUUCAGUUUCUAUCCUAAAUUGUACCAUCUUUCUGAGACCAUUCUGAAUUCAGUUGAAAUUAUCAAUAUUUAUACUUUGAACCUUAAUUUCUGGAUUCCAGCCUGUAUAUACAUCUUGUGGUGUGUGUGUGGGGGGGGGAUAACUUUGACAAUUUGACUUUUAAGCCUGCACACUUUGAGGUAAAUAAUACAUUCUCUAAUCCAAAAUAGUUUUCCCAAAAAGUUUUGAACUUAAUGCGAAUUAUUCUUUUAUUAUUACUACUUCUCAUGCUUAUAUAACUCUCCAUUAUUAUUUGUGGCCAGAAAAAAAAAAGUUCUCAUAUUUUGUGUUUGUCAUUGUUUUUCUCCUAUGUAUGCUAACUGUUGGUGUUUCCUAAUUUGGGGCUCACUAUAAUUAAAAAUUCUACCUUUGGCCAUUCGGACUCAACGUUACAUGAGGAAUUGCACAUGAAAUGUAUUUGUACUUUUUGAUUUACAAGAGAAGGGAAAACAGGUUGGUAAUAGAGCUCUAACUGGCUUGCUUUGAAGGAAAUUUUGAAAUUACCAAAAACCAAGUAUCUUCAUUAUACCAUUUUCAACCUUAGGUCUCUGUGGGCCGCAGAAAACUGCCCGCACAAGGGGCACUGCUCUUGCGUACAUCUGCAGAACACUUGUCCAUGUCGCUUGUCACGUGGAAUUCUUUAAAAGUCCCUGAAAACGUAUCUGCUCUCUGAGAUCCUGGUUUCCUUACUAGAAUCAUAGGUGAAGGUCUUGAUCUGAGUGCAAUUUCUAAGUCGAACCUUUUCUAUUUGACUGUUGGUUGAAGUGUGAUGGUUAAUGGAAGUUCUAGUGUGUGAACUCAGAUGACUCUGGAGCUCGACCCUGACCGCAUUUUGCAGCAGCAGGAUGACAGACCCCGCUGGCGGCUUAGCUUCGGGUUUCUGAGGAAGAAGGGUACAGCCGACCUGCUACUGACACGGCUACUUCCCAGCUCUCAGCAGAAAGGACUGAUGGAGAAUAGGAUGAAGCCCCCAUUUCAUCUGUGACCCUCGCCGCAAAGACUGUGUUUGUGUGUCUUGGCUGUUUUGCUUUGUUUUGUUUGGUGAAGUAGGACACAAUUAAGUGUCAGGUUAGCAGCUCUUGGAAAGUGACCAGUACAGCCGAGCUCCCACUCUCUAAAGAGCUGGGCUCAGAGCAGCCCUCCUGGUUUCCUGAGUUCUCACGACCAGUUACCGCCGUGUCCAGGCCACUUUCUACUAGAUCUGUCCGUGCUCGAGGGACGGGAUGAGUCUCCGGCUGCGGCCUUACAGGCCUGGGGGAUUUUCGCAUUGGUUUUUUCUUUUGUUUGUGACUGCAGAUUCUGUACAUCUGUUUGUGGGAGGAGAGUUGCUACUCAGGACAGGAUUUAAGAGACAGAUUCCAAGUGACCUUUAAGAGUCUGCAUGGUGGGAGGUCCUGUUCCAGGAGCGUGGGCUGGCCCACUCUGGGACCCACCAAGUGAAGAAGGAAGGGGAUGGU